AUGGGACCAGGUCUGAGGAAUAGGGUGGAUGAGAGACCGCUGCUCAUCCUUGCCCUCACGUUGGCUGCGAUUUUCCGAAACGACAUGCAGGCGCGCGUUUUCGUGGAGGACGUGAACUGUGGCACAUCUGGUUUUUUCUCGCUGCGUCGACUAACUCGCAAACUUGCUGCAUGUACAUUUUGGCGUCGACUGCCCAUGGCUACCGAGGCGGCUGAAAGCCUCGGAGGACCCAGUAGCCACGCUGACCAUAGCUGUCAUAAAGGAUUCACCUUCGGCUAG